AUGAUUGAAGAAGUGGCCAAGCAUUAUGCAUAUGGAGGUGAUAGAAGGCAACCUCAAACAAAGAUGGGCGGAAUUCAUGAUCUUAGUGCAAUAGAUCUUAUUGCAUCAAAGUUUGAUAUGCUAGCUCACAAGCUAGAUCAAGCCACCCUCACACCCUCAAGCUCUUCCUCGCAAGUCAUGUCUUGUGAGACUUGUGGAGGAAAUGAUCACUUAUCCUCUUAUUGCAACUCAACGAAUCAAGAGCAAGCGGCGGCAAUUGGGCAAAGGAAUGAACAAUACUCCCAAUCCCACAAUCAAAGUUGGAAGCCCCAACAUAACACGGGAUGGAAGCAAUACAACCAAGGCCCCCCACAAAAUAACUACAACCAAAAUCAAACCCAACCUCAAAACCACUACAACCAACCUCAAUCACAAAACCAACAAGCUCCAUACCGCCAUCCCAACCAAAGGGAUCAAAACCACCAAAGAUCUCAAUAUAACCAACCCGCUCCUCCUCCUCCACCUCCUCAAAAGACUAGCCUUGAGUCCAUUCUUGAAACUUUCAUGACACAACAAAUAAGGAACAAUGUGGAGAUGAAUGCAAACAACCAACAACUCCAAGCACAUAAUAAGAUAAUGGAGGGCCAAUUGGCUCAAAUUGCACAACAAGUUGGAAGUUCAUCCUCCAAUCCUAGUGGUCACUUUCCAAGCUCAACGGUAGUGAAUCUAAAGGAGAAAGCUAAGGCCAUCACUUUGAGAUCGGGAAGGGGUUAUGAGGGCCCGGUUAUGAGUGAAGAGGAGCCACAAAAGAGAGAUGAGGGAGUUGUGGUGAGAAGUGAGGAUGAUUUUGAAAAUGAAGUAGUUGAAGUUGAGAGAAAAGAGCAAAAGAGUGAUGAGGGAGCCACAAAGAAAGACGAGGGAGAUGAAGAAAGAAUAGAAAAGCCCCCUAUGAGAGAUCUUCUAUCCAACAAGAGUAGGCUUGAAGAGAGUGCAACCAUCUCCCUUCCUAAGGAGGUGAGUGCAAUCAUUCAAAACAAGCUUCCCCAAAAGCUUGGUGACCCCGGUAGCUAUGCAAUACCGGUGAAGAUUGGAGAUUUGGAAGCUAUGGAUGCUUUAUGUGAUCUUGGGGCAAGCGUGAGCUUGAUGCCCUAUUCUAUUGCAAAGACCUUGAAAGUUGGAGACUUGAAACCAACAAGAAUGUCCUUACAACUAGCCGACCGCACGGUUAGGCUACCUUUGGGGAUUCUUGAAGAUGUGCCGGUUCAAGUUGGAAGAGUAUUUGUACCAUGUGAUUUUGUAGUAAUGGAGAUGGAAGAAGAUUCAAGAGUACCCCUCAUUUUGGGGAGACCAUUUUUGAACACCGCGGGAGUGGUGAUUGAUAUGAAGGAAGGAAGAUUGACUUUGAAUGUGGGAGAUGAGAAAAUUUCAUUUUCAUUCUCACAAACUUUAAAAAAUCCAUUGAUUAAUGAAGUUCAUAGAAUUGACACAUUGGAGAGGGACUUAGAAGAGUUCCGAGAAAGAUUGUAUGAAAGAGAUCCUUUACAAGCUACCUUAACGGGAAGCUUAGUUGAGGAGGGUGAAGAAGCAAAGGGGUACGAUCUCUUGCUCAACCAACCUUUGGCCCACGAGGUGAUAAAAUUUGAAGUGCUUAACGUGGAGGCAAAAGAGGAGAGGACUACGCCUCCUCCUAAGGUUGAACUUAAACCCCUUCCCCCUCUACUUAAAUAUGCUUUUCUUGAUGAUAGUGAGAAUUAUCCCGUUAUUUUCAAUGCUAAGCUCGAUGACACCUCUCUUGAGAAACUCCUAGUUGUUUUAAGGAAGUAUAGAGAUGUCAUUGGGUACAAAAUUGAUGACAUUAAGGGGAUAAGUCCCACCAUAUGCAUGCAUAAAAUUCUACUUGAUGAUGAUCAUGCUUCCUCGAUUGAGCACCAAAGAAGGCUCAAUCCCAAUAUGAAGGAAGUGGUGAACUUAGUUUUGAAUUGGGAGAACGGUCAUUUCAUGGUAGAGGAGGGAAUUGUUCUUGGUCAUGUGAUUUCUAGUAGGGGCAUUGAGGUAGAUCGUGCCAAGAUUGAAGUAAUUGAGCGCCUCCCACCCCCUUCAAAUGUGAAGGGGAUAAGGAGCUUUCUUGGACAUGCGGGUUUUUACCGCCGGUUCAUAAAGGAUUUUUCAAAAAUCGCAAAGCCGCUCACUCAAUUGUUGGUAAAAGAUGCCCCUUUUGUGUUUACUAAUGAUUGUUUGCUAGCAUUUGAUAGGUUGAAGGAGGCCUUGAUUUCGGCUCCUAUAAUUCAACCCCCUAAUUGGGAACUUCCUUUCGAGCUUAUGUGUGAUGCUUCGGAUUUCGCCGUUGGGUCUGUUCUUGGACAAAGGAAGGACAAGAAGCUCCAUGCUAUCUAUUAUACUAGCAAAACAUUGGAUGAGGCACAAAGGAAUUACACAACCACGGAAAAGGAGUUUCUAGCCAUUGUUCAUGCAAUUGUGAAGUUUAGGUCCUACUUGUUGGGCUCUAAGGUCAUAGUUUUCACCGACCAUGUGGCCUUGAAGUACCUCUUGUCUAAGAAGGAACCUAAGCCAAGAUUGAUACGGUGGGUCUUGCUCUUGCAAGAUUAUGAUAUUGAGAUUAGAGACAAGAAGGGUGCCGAAAAUGUUGUGGCUGAUCAUCUUUCACGGUUGCCUAUAUUUGUAGGUGAUCUUGAUAACUUGCCAAUUGAUGAUUCAUUUCCGGAUGAUCGACUAUUUGCUAUCCUUCAAGUACCGGCACCAUGGUUUGCGGACAUUGCAAACUACUUGUCUUGCUCUAUUCUUCCUCCCGACCUCACCUAUCAACAAAAAAGGAAGUUUCUUCAUGAUAUUCGCCAAUACUUUUGGGACGACCCCUUGCUCUUUAAACAAGGUGUUGAUGGCCUUUUUAGAAGGUGUGUCCCGGAUGAUGAAAUUGAAAAUGUUAUCACAAUGUGUCACUCAUCACCUUGUGGAGGACAUAUGAGUGCUAACAAAACUUUGGCAAAGAUCUUACAAUGUGGUUUCUAUUGGCCUUCCAUGUUCAAAGAUGUGUGGGGUGUAGUGAAAGCUUGCGACCGGUGUCAAAGAACCGGCAAUAUUUUAAGAAGAAGUGAAAUGCCAUUGAACAACAUUCUUGAGUUGGAGAUUUUUGAUGUAUGGGGCAUAGAUUUUAUGGGGCCUUUCCCAACCUCUUUUGGGAACAAAUUCAUUCUUGUGGCCGUCGAUUACGUGUCAAAGUGGGUAGAAGCGGUUGCAUCUCCUACUAAUGAUGCUAAGGUGGUGGUUAAACUCUUCAAGAAGGUCAUUUUUCCGAGGUUUGGGAUGCCACGUGCCGUCAUUAGUGAUGGAGGUUUGCAUUUUGCAAAGCGGUCCUUCCAAGCUCUUCUUCAGAAGUACAGUGUGAGGCACAAGGUGUCAUUGGCUUACCACCCUCAAACAAGUGGUCAAGCCGAAAUUUCAAACCGGGAGAUAAAGGCCUACCGCACCGCAUUCAAGACUCCCAUUAGCACCACCCCUUACAAGCUAGUAUAUGGGAAAUCAUGCCAUUUACCGGUAGAACUUGAGCAUCGUGCUCAUUGGGCUAUUAAAACGUUGAACUUUGACCUUCAAAGUGCCGGUGAAAAGAGGUUACUUGACCUCCAUGCCUUGGAAGAGCUAAGAUUGGAUGCAUAUGAGAAUGCACGGAUCUACAAGGAAAAGACCAAGGCUUGGCAUGACAAGCAUAUCAACAAAAGAGAGUUCAAGGAAGGUGACAAGGUCCUACUAUUCAAUUACCGGUUGAAGUUGUUUCCGGGUAAGCUAAAAUCAAGAUGGAGUGGACCUUUUACCGUCAAGAAGGUGUUCCCAUAUGGUGCAAUCGAAAUGGCCAAAGAGAAUGGUGAACCGUUCAAAGUAAAUGGCCAAAGGCUAAAAGCGUACUUUGAUGGUUUUGUGAAUGAAGAGGCAAAAGUUGUUCACCUUGAUGAGUUCGAUAUUCCUCACUAA